AUGCACACCUUGGCUUGGUUCUUCAUCUUACUCAGGAUAUGGACUCGCACCUAUGUUAUCUCGAACUUUGGCUGGGACGAUAGCGUUAUGAUCCUUGCUGGCAUGACAUUCACCGUAUACUGUGGAUCGACUUUGUACAUUGCGUGCAAUGGUGGAGGCACCCAUGUCACAAGCGUGGACCGGUUGCAGGUGUUGACAAAGUGGGUGGUUGCUAGCGAGGCUUGCUACAUCAUCACCAUCAUGAUAGUCAAGAUAUCUCUUGCCAUAUUCUUCAUCCGCAUCAUCGUCAAGCGCUGCCACCUUAUCUUUGUCUACGUUACAGUCGGCGUCAACAUCAUCUCAUCGGCAUCUGCCUUCUUCUAUUGCUUUUUUAGAUGUGGACCCAGUCUGGACCAGUACGUAAUGAACCAGCUUAUGAACAAUUGUGCGUCGCGGGAGCUUGACUUGUUCAUGGCCUAUCAGCAAGCCGCUUUCAGUACUUUCACCGACUUUGUCUUUCUGUUGCUGCCCAUCCCCAUUCUCUGGCAUGCCAACAUGGACAAGAGAUCCAAGAUCUCUGUCGGUUUUGUUCUCUGCCUAGCAGCUACCGGCUGCAUCUGUUCUGGAAUACGCUUCCGUUAUAUAGAAGGCCUAAUUCAGACCGACGACUUUUUUUGGAGCGUCGUCAACAUCUCCAUCUGGAGCACUAUCGAAGCAGGUGCAUGUAUAAUCGCCGGUUGUCUCGCCACACUUCGUCCACUCAUGAAAGGCGCGCUACGUCAAGCACGCGAAUCGAGCGCUGUGUCCAGUGCUGCACAUCACAUAUCAAGAAGUUUGCGAUCGGCCCACCGAUCGAACAACGAGCAUUCAAAAGCACAUUCUGUGUCACGAUUGUCGCGACGAGAUGUUGCGCUUUCCGAGAUUGACCAGAGCUUUUUCAGUAACGAGCGCAAAGCCUCAUUACCACAUUUGGUUACCAAGCCUUCAUACACCGAGUCCAUCGCACGACCGGACAGCGCAAUCACCCCUUUCGCAUCCGAAAUGGGAAUCAGAGGCCGGAUGAGCACCGACCCUAUCCUGAGCCGCACCGAAUCCGACGCUACCGACAUGCCUCUAUGGGAGAAAGAGAAGGAGCAGGGGUUGCGACAACCGGCGCGUGUCAGCUUGACACUGCACCAGAGGGACACAAGUGAAGAGAGUGUACCUGGUAGACCUAAGUCGACACCUGUUCUUCCUGUUUGA